CCGGUCCACUUCCGGCUUGGUGAACAAGGGACGAGGGAAGUCCCGCCGCCGAGCAUUGUGGGUCUUGUAGUUCCGGGCUGCAGGCUGAGCCAUGUGCGCGGGGCGCAGAGUCCCCACCAAGCUGCAGCUGAGCAAAGCGAGAGGGAGUGAAAGUUUCCAUGCAAAGAGCCAGCAGAAGGAGGAACCAGUCAGUGUUGCAUAUGACUCUCCCAAAGGAAAUGGUGUGGACGAGGCGAAAGAAACAGAGGGCAAGAGACAAAAAUGGGAGCCAAAGAACUGGGAGCAGCAACUGACCAACAUCCGGGAAAUGAGGAAGACGCGAGAUGCCCCUGUUGACCAGAUGGGGGCCGGAAAAUGCUUUGAUGGUGACGCCCCUCCAGAGGUUAUGCGCUAUCAGGUCCUCCUGUCACUCAUGCUCUCCAGCCAGACUAAAGAUCAGAUUACUUCAGCGGCCAUGAUGCGCUUGAGGGACCACGGCCUCACUGUAGACAACAUCUUGGAGACUGACAACGUCACUCUGGGACAGCUGAUUUACCCUGUGGGGUUUUGGAAGCGCAAAGUGAGGUACAUCAAGCAAACGACGGCCAUCCUGAAGCAAGACUACGCAAGCGACAUCCCAAAGACGGUCGUCGAGCUGGUGAAACUACCAGGGGUCGGACCCAAGAUGGCCCACUUGGUGAUGGAUAUCGCCUGGCAACACAUCUCUGGAAUUGGUGUGGACACACAUGUGCACCGCAUUUCCAACAGGUUGAGGUGGACAAAGAAGGAAACAAACGUUCCUGAAGAGACCCGGCAAGCUUUGGAAGAAUGGCUCCCCAGGGACCUCUGGAGUGAGAUAAACUGGCUGCUGGUCGGGUUUGGCCAGCAAAUCUGCUUACCUGUAAAUCCACGCUGCGGCGAAUGCCUCAACAAGGACACCUGCCCAGCUUCAAGGAAGCACUGAGAGAUGGCAGCACCUGUUGGAACAGGCCACCAAACUGGUGGAUGUGGACUUGGAGCUCACCAGCGGACUGAUGAUGCCAAAGCCGGCCUCACAGUGGCUUGAGCAAGAGGGAUUUUGCCCCUGCAGUAGGCUGGCAAAACAGCAGUGAGGCUAUUCCCGACCUCCAGGCAUGGGUGGCUGGAAGCACUCCGGGGCUGCUACAUUCCCCAUAAGAAGGACCAUAGAGAUGUCAUGAGGAUGGUGUCCCAGACUGCCCUGAAAGGAUGCCUCAACAGAGUAUCAUGCUGCGUGGAAACCGAUUAAAUAAGUACAGUAUAUUGGGUUGGAUUCAGACUAAGUCAGCUGAACUUGGGCCCCACUGAAAUCAGUUAUGUGUGUUCAUCAUAACACAACUUACGCCCCAUCCGCACAUUGCAUUUAAAGAGGUAUCAUACUACUCUAAACAGGCAAGGCUUCCCCCAAAGCAUCCUGGGAACUAUAGUUUGUUAUGGGUGCUGAGAGGUUAUAAGAGACCCCUGCUCCCCUCACAGCUAGAAUUCCCAGAGUUCCCUGGGAAGAGCGAUUGUUGGACCUCUUUGGGAAUUGCGGCUUUGUGAGAGGAACAGGCAUCUCCUAAUAACUCUACCCUGUUAGCAAACUACAAUUCCCAGGAUUCUUUGGGGAGAAGCCAUGACUGCUCAAAGUGGCAUAAUAGUACUUUAAAUGUAUAGUGCAGAUGUGGCCUUGGUGCGGAUCCAACCCAGUAUCUUUUAAAUGGAGAUUUUUCUGGGUUCUUUCGCCAGACGUAGCUGGAAAGAGGAACAUCCGUGUGUCCUCAUCUGCCCUCUUCAGUGGCAAGCUGUCCUCGGUGAAGGCGCUGAGCUCGGCAAGACAAGGAAAGGCCAGGCUAGAAAUGGGGACCCUGGCUUAUAGGUGAAAACAAGCUUAUGGAAAUAAAUAGCAGGCUUGCAUUCUGUCGGUGGAAGGUGUCCAUUUCUCCUGGCUGCUAGUGGAGAUCUCCUUGUAAUUAGCCUUAUUCUGAUGAGGAUUUCUAAGGUUUGGCUGACAUGACAUCCUCUGGCCUCAGUUUCAAAAGGGCAAAGCUCCCAUUUUGAGAGCCACAGCCUGCAAACCCACCAGCCCUAGCUGGAGAGUGUGCAUUAUGUUUCCUUUGUCUACGGCUGCCCGCCCCACACGUGGUGAGGGAGGCCAGUCAGACUUUCUUCCCAGACUAGGCUUUCCUAGGAAGCGUCUGUGGAUUCUGUCAGCUGGCCUUGCCCUUGUGAAAUGCCCACUUUAAAUGCUAAUAAGCUUGUUACCAAGCAGAAAGAGUUCUCCCACUCUGUUGGGUGAUGUAAUUCAGGCCUGGCCCAGAGCCAUGGAAGUAUUCGUCUGUUGCCAAGGUGAAGAGGGUUGAAGUGUAUAAACGGAGGAGAUGAGAAGUUGAAGUUGCCUUUCUCUGCUCAGCAUAGCUGACGGGCUCCAGGGCGGGGGAUUUUAGACUCGCCUUCCCCAGCCUGGUGCCUGCAGAUGAUUUGGACUACAACUCCCAUCAGCCCCAGCCAGCACAGCUGGGACGUAUGAGCUCACGUGUGCCAAAACAGGACAUGUAGUCCAAAACAUCUGGAGCAGUCCAGAUUGGGGAAGGCUGGUCAAGAAGCCAAGUGGCGGGGGAGUCUUUGGAAUGUCCUAAACGCAGGGCUUCCAGAAUGCAGUGCAAGGCUUGAGCUUUGCUUAGUCUUGUCACAUAAGCCAAGCACUGAAAGCAGCGACUGCCUCGGAAGCCUUUCUAAUUUUCCUAUAAUAAACUUUUUGUUUUCAAUAAA